AUGUAUAUAUAUAAUGGAACAAUUAAAAAAAAUUCUUUGAAGGGCUCUUGGAAGAAUUUAGAAGCUCAACUUGGUGAAGAACCACUUGGACUUUCCGAGUCUGUACUUGUUUUGGAAGAUUCUCUUGACGGCGUAUCUGGUGUUGGCCUUCUUGGCUGGCUUGAGACCUUCAACAGUGACGGAGUCUCUGAGUUGGUUGAAAGAGGUUUCCUCACGGGAUUCGAAAUUGAUAUGAUAGACAGAUUGAUAGUUUCACCACCAAAUCAUUGCAAUCGUUUAUACAUACCGAGUUGGCAUGAUGUGAGAAUAGUUGACAACCUUGACGAAUGGCUUGAUGGAGAUUCUCUUGAGAAUUUGCUUCUUGGACAUCUUUCUGACGACUCUACGUGGGUACUUGCUGAUACCGGCGACGAGAGCGUGUCCGUAUGGACGCUCCUUGGUGGCAUCAUCGAAGGAGAGAAUAAAUCCCUCUCGGCCGUCAAUGAGGUGAAAAAAGACGAGACAAUAGAAGUACGGGUUAGUGGCAUGCACAGAAUGUGUGAUAUAGAUAGGGGUGCACACAGUGUAGAAUCGAUAGAGCGUGACGUUAUUCACUUCAAGCAUCACGAGCCUUCACUGCAGACCUCCACCGAGAAACAAAAUUUUUUUUCAAAAAAUCACUUUUCAAUUGUCGCAGACGAGAAAUAA